AUGUACCUGCUCACCAUGUUUGGAAACCUGAUCAUCAUCCUGGCCAUCAUCUCAGACCCCCACCUCCACACCCCAAUGUAUUUCUUCCUCUCCAACUUGUCCUUUGUGGACAUCUGUUUCACCUCCACCACUAUCCCAAAGAUGCUGGUGAAUAUACAGACACAGAACAAAGACAUAACCUACACAGGCUGCAUCACCCAAAUGUACUUUUUCAUACACUUUGUUGGAUUGGACAGCUUCCUGCUGACUGUGAUGGCCUACGACCGGUUAGUGGCCAUUUGUUACCCCCUGCACUACAUGGUCAUCAUGAACCCCCAGCUCUGUGUGUUGCUGGUUCUGGUGUCCUGGAUCAUGAUCGUCUCUUUAUUUUAUUGCACAAGCCUAGGUGUGUACCUUAGUUCUGCUGCUACACACAACUCAUACUCAAGUGCAACAGCCUCAGUGAUGUACACUGUGGUCACACCCAUGCUGAACCCCUUCAUCUACAGUCUGAGGAAUAAAGACAUAAAAAGGACACUGAAGGAUUUUUUGGGACAGAUACUAGGAAAGAGCCAGUUGUCCUGUGGCUAA